CGGAUUUUUCAUCAAUAACUAGUUUUAAUAAUACUGCUACCAUCAAUAAUAAUAAUAUGAAUAAUAUGAAUAAGAAUACGAGCUUUUAUAAUAAUAGCAAUACUAUUUGCUACAAUUGUUGCGAGAAUGUUUCCCUGAGGAAACAAGAAAAUUUUGUAAACUACCUUCAUCACCAUCAUUCUAAAGAAGUAGAUGAACAAUCACCACCAAAAUAUAAUUUAUCAUCACCAACAACAACAACAACAAUUAUUGGAAAAUAUUCACUCAUAGGACGAACUAUUCUAAUUUUUACCUAUUUAAUAUGUAUUUACUAUCUACUCGUAUCGACUAUUUUCAAUAUCAAUAUAUUAACAGAUAGCUACAUGAACAAUAAUAACAAUACCAAUCAACAACAUCUUCAUUCCUACUUUAUAGUGAAUGCAGAACAGGAUUUAUUUACAAUAGCUAGGAGAGGAAUGCCACGACCAUUAUUUUCUUCAUAUCCUGUAACUUGUAGUCCAUAUCCAGCUAUCCAAACUUUUCAAAUACUAUCAGCUGGUUUACCAACAUCAGGUGCAUUGGGUAAUGGCACUGUUGUUACACUACCAACCACUAGUACUUUUGCCAAUUAUAUUGUGCUGGAACCUUGGCUAGUUAUCUUUCCUUCACUGACAACAAGAUCCAAAGGAAGAACAACAAUAGCUGAUGGAAAUGGUAAUGGAAACAAUGGAAAUGGCAACGGAAAUGGCAAUGGAAACAAUGGAAAGCCACAAGAACCACCAAGAGCACUGAUCAGUGAUGAUGAUUAUACUAUUAGAGUGAGGAAGGUAGCCACUUCUUAUACUCACACAGUUGUUAUUGGUGAUGAAGAAAAGGAUACAAAGUACUUGUUUGGAUUUGGGUUAAACGACGAUAAUUCGUUAGGUUUAUCAACCGAAUUGAAUCAAAGUGUGAUGGUUGACCCAAGUGAUAACGACAUUAUUGACUUGGAUAAGAGUUCCACUUCGACAGUUCCAGAACUAACCAAAAAGGAUAUUAGAAAGAAACCAAACAAAAUUCCACAAACAGCACAAGCACCAAGUUUUGACAACAUUGGAAAUGUGUUAACUGGUGACGGGUUCACAGUUGUAGUGACUAAAAACGAAAAACAACUUUAUACAUGCGGUAGAAACAACAAAUAUCAACUUGGUUUAGAUACAAAGGCUGGUACUUGGAAUCAAUUACCACUCAAGAAUAUUUCUCUUAUUGAUACUGGAGCUGACCACACAGUUGUUGUUCACAAUAAUUACUUUUUCACAUUCUUUGGAUCAAACGCUAAUGUACAAAUGGGAAAUAUCACUUUAAGGUUAUUGGGAACAUCUCAAACUAUACCUGUUUCCAAAACAGCCGUUCCAUUGCAGUUUGAUUUGAGAAAUGGAUAUAUUGAAGGUCCUGCGGGAAAACAAAAGAAGCCAAACAUUAUUUCUGUUCAAGCAUCCAGAUACUUUACUAUAAUGCUAACUGAUGAAGGUUCUUUGAUUUUCUUUGGCCAGUUAGAGAGUGCUUUUAAAUAUCCAAAUAUUAUUAGAAAUUCCAACUUUUUAGAGGUUAUUUCAUUUUCUGGUGUCAAUUUAUCAACCAGUGCCAUUGGAGGUUUCAAGGAUAGCUUUAGCAUCCAAAAGCCAGACCCAAAGUUUGAGGCCACUGUAUCUGCUUAUUAUCUUGACAGAUUUUAUUUUUCCAGCGGUAUUACAAAGAUUUUGGCUUGUGACAAGUUCUUUGCGGUUCUUUUGAACAAUAAUACUAUUUGGAUUUCUGAUAAUACUUUUAGAGGAGUUAAUGGUAUUGGACUUUUAAUCGAUCCUAUUCUUAUCCAAAAGCAAGUUUUAAAGAUGGUUUGUGGUAGAAGACACUUGGUUGUUCUCAUGCAAGACAAUACUACCUAUACUGUUGGUUCAAAUUACUACGGCCAACUUGGUUUGAGGGGUGUUUCAUAUUCUUCAAAAUUGAACUUUGUAAGAGGUGAUGUAUCAGAUAUUGAGGCAGCAGACUUUACAACGUUCCUUAUUGCUAAUCAGUCCAAGCUUUAUGCAUUUGGUAUGAACAAUAUGGGUCAAUUGGGUGUUACAAGCGCCUCAUCAUCUAGAUCCCUUAGAUAUACGACAGAUUUGGCUCAAGACGCAUUUGCAGUUGUGGACUUUGGCAGUAGUAUGAAUUAUAGUAUUAGUACUGGUGCAUAUCAAACAUUUAUUGCAUCUUUGAAUGGAACAUUUGUUUCUGGUCUAAAUUACAACAACAUGUUCGGAAUUGAUGGCGCACCAGAGAAGCUCUACAGCCCAACUAAUAUUGAGUUAUUGAGGAGUCCUUCUAGAAUGAUUUGUGCAACUUUACAAAAUGCGUUCACUAUUAGAGAUUCUACCAGUGAGCUCAUCAUGCUCGGUACAAGUGGUUAUAUUACCCAAAAUCCUCCAUAUGGAAUACCAAAAGGGGUUGUUAUUGCCAAUGUAACUUGUGGAGCUUACCAUAUUCUUGUAACUGAUGAUAACAACAAUCUCUAUGCAGCUGGAUUUAACGGUAAUGGUCAAUUGGGAGUUGGCAAUGAGGUAAAUUCUCCAGAACUUGUAAAGGUCAACUGGAACUCACAAGCCAAUGGUAAGAUUUUUCAAACCUCUUGUGGCGCAAAGCAUUCUUUAGUACUAACAGAAAAGGGAGCUUUUGCUUUUGGCGAUAACACAUAUGGUCAAUUGGGUGUUAGUGGUAUUGACAAAUCAUCGUCUCCUAUCAAAAUUCCAAUUGAUAAUCCAGUUGCUGUUUAUGCAGGCUUUUAUCAUUCACAUAUUUUAACUAGGAAUGGAACGUUACUUGCUUUUGGAAGAAAUGAUUACCAACAACUGGGUCCACUCUAUGGUGGUGGUUCUAUUGUAACCAUUCCGACUGCUGUAAACUUUCCAUACGCAUACGGAGGUAUUGCUGAUAUUCAAUCUGGAGCUUUCCAUACUGUCAUAUUAACUUCAACAGGAAUGGUUUAUGCUUACGGCAACAAUGACUAUGGUCAAUUGGGAUUUUCACUCGACAAGACAGCUACAUCUGCAGAAUUCAAGUUUGGAAGUAACAACUCUCCAAGAAUUGCCAUAUCUAUUGCAGCAGGAGCUUUCCACAGCGUAGUUCUCACUUCGCCAUACAUCCCAAAUGUUUGCCCAUCAGUUAAAUGUAGUGGACUUGAUAGGAGCUACUCAUCAGUAUGUAGUGCAAAUGGAACUUGUGUUGCCAAUGACUUGUGUAUGUGUAAUGCUGGCUAUACAGGUGAAAAUUGUCAAUAUUUUUCAUGUUUUGGACUAUCUGCCAAUGAUCCAUCAGCUUGCAGUGGUAGUGGAUUAUGCUUGAAUCUUGUUGGAACUCCUGUGAGUGGCAGUGAUCCAUAUUCUAAUAGAUCUGGUAAUAUCAGAACUUUCCUCAAUAUUUCUCAAGUUUCAACUGCCAUGACUCUAACUAAGAGUAUGAUGGACGAUUCUUCAGGUAAUAAUCUUCAAUUAAGCAGUAAUGCUUCUCAAAAUAGACUAAAUGGAAGUGAAUCCAUGCUCAUUGAUAGAUUUGUUAAUUUGAUGAAAAUUGGUGAGGGUUCAUUUGGUUUGGUUUUCAAGGGUCAAGAUACCAAGCAAAACUUCCAAUGGAAAGCCAUCAAACUUAUUCGUUUCUCUGAUUUGAAUGAACUUAACCAAACUCUCAGAGAAGCCACACACCUUUUAAGAAUGGUACACCCACAUAUUGUACGAGUGAAUGAUGUUUUUAUUGAUGCAAAUCAACACAUGCUUUGUAUGGAGAUGGAUUAUUACGAGUUGGGAGAUUUUGAACAAUUUAUGAACAAUCAGUGCUACUUGGGCCAAACCGUUUUAUCAGAAACACUCGUCUCACACUUAAUUUAUCAAAUUUGCAGUGCUUUGGAUUAUAUGAACACUGAGUACAAUAUGAUUCACAGAGAUAUUAAGCCUUCCAACAUAUUUAUCAAGAGUUUUGACUAUCACCGUUCUCAGAUUCAUAUUGUAUUGGGUGAUUUUGGUUUGGCAAAGAAAGGUAGAAAUUCCACUAGUGGAGCAACUAGUAAUAAUGCAAACAUUUCCAGAGUUUCAGACAGUAGUGAUAUUAAUUUGAGUCAAGCAUUGGUCACAGGAGAUGCAAAUACUCUACUCAGUACUCAAAUGGGCUUUGCUGGAACACCAAUCUACAUGAGUUGGGAAGCAAUUGUUCAAGGUAAGAAUUGUUUCCAAACAGACAUUUUCGCUCUUGGUGUAACUGCCUAUCAAUGCCUGACUGGUGAUAGACAAACUUGCAUUACUCAACUCUAUUUGAAGGAACACCAAAGACGUCAACUCAAUCUCAAUCUCAUGUCCAGCGAAAAGGAUGUAGAAAAUCUUGUCAGAGAAAAUAUUAUCAAGUGCUCUCCAAAUUGUUCCAUUGAAUUGGUAGAUAUGGUCAUGCAAAUGUUAAAGAAGAAUCCUGAAGAUAGACCAAAACCAAGUGAUGUCACCAAUUCUUCUUACUUUUCAAAUAAAUACUAG